AUGGCCAAUUCAUCGUCCCCGGGUUCCCCUACCAACGAUUCCUCCUCCCCUCACCUACCAGACACGAAAUCUCCACGCGCAUCGACCGCCUCCCAGAAGCCCACGCCGAAAUGGUACCACAAACUCUUUAAGAAAGGACAACGACCAGAGACAGAGCAGCCUGGCAAAGAGAAAUGGCGCGACGCAAAUCUUCCCGAUGAAGAGCGAUGGAAGGACUGGAAGAAGGCGCAAGACAGGGCGCAGAAGGCAGGGUCGACAACGGGCUAUCUGGGGCAGUUUUACAAGGCGAAGGGUGGUCGGUAUUGGUAG